UACAUCUUUUAGAUCCACAAUAUUAUGAUCAAAAGCUUACUACUAAUAGUAUGUUAAUAAUCACACAAUUUGUUCAAAAAUAUUACUCAGACAAUGCAAAUAUUAUUUGGCAACAAUUAAUUAAAUACAAAACAGAGGUAGGUAACUUUGAAACCUUAGCACCUGAAUUAUGUAAAGUUGCUACUCAAAUUCUUGCAAUUCCUUCAUCAUUAGCAGCAUCAGAACAUAAUUGGUCAGCUUUUUACUACAUUCAAGAAAAAAAAAGAGCUAGAUUAACUAAUGAACAGAUUUUAAAAUUAGUAUAUAUAUAUAGCAACUAUAAACUUACUUAUAUUGAGCUAUUAGAUCUAAUGAAAGAUGAUUCAAGUGAUUUAUAUAAAGAAAUAUUGUUAGAAAAUGAAAGUAAAGAAUUGUUUAAAUUAGAUGCUAAAAAAACUAAUAGUGAAACAGAUAGUACAGAGAGUGAACAU